UAAUACAGUAUUUCGCGUUAAAAACAAAACAAAGACAAAUUUAAGGAUGAGGGCGCAGAUCCAAAAAGUUCCUCAGAUUGUUGAGUUGCUGAAAAAGAAGUCGGUGGGGCUGCAGCACUUAAAACCAACAUCCUCAGUGUGCGUCCUGGAGGAGAAGGAUGCUGUGGAGGCUGCGCGGUGCCCUCAUGCUGCCUCCAGAGCGCACAGCCUGGACGCGAUCCCCGGACCCACAAACUGGCCCCUUGUCGGCAGUCUGGUUGAACUUCUCCGGAAAGGAGGUCUGACAAGACAACACGAGGCACUGGUUGAUUAUCACAAGAAAUUCGGCAAGAUUUUCCGGUUGAAGCUGGGCUCUUUUGAGUCGGUGCACAUUGGCGCACCUUGCUUGCUGGAGGCGCUAUAUAGGAAGGAGGGAAAUUACCCUCAGAGACUGGAGAUCAAACCCUGGACAGCUUACAGAGACAUGAGAGACGAGGCGUACGGACUCCUUAUUCUGGAGGGGAAAGACUGGCAGAGAGUGAGGAGCGCUUUUCAGCAGAAACUCAUGAAGCCGACAGAGGUUGUGAAGCUUGAUCGCAAAAUAAAUCAGGUGUUGGAAGACUUUGUUGGCAGAAUUGGACAAAUGAACGUCAACGGAAAGAUUGAAGACUUGUACUUCGAACUGAAUAAAUGGUCGUUUGAGACCAUUUGCCUAGUCCUCUAUGAUAAGAGGUUUGGUCUGCUGCAAGAGAAAGUCAACGAGGAAGCCAUGAACUUCAUCACAGCCGUGAAAACAAUGAUGAGCACGUUUGGCAUGAUGAUGGUCACACCGGUGGAGCUCCACAAGAGCCUCAACACCAAAACGUGGCAGGACCACACAGCAGCAUGGGACCGCAUUUUCAGCACAGCCAAAGUCUACAUAGACAAAAAGCUGAAGAGGAACGCCGUCAGAGCUCCUGAUGACUUAAUCGGAGACAUCUUACACCAAAGCUGUCUCUCAAAGAAGGAGCUGUACGCAGCCAUCACAGAGCUGCAGAUUGGAGGAGUUGAGACGACCGCUAACAGUAUGCUGUGGGCUAUUUUCAACUUGUCACGUAACCCCGGAGCCCAGAGGAAGCUGUUGGAGGAGAUUAGAGAGGUUGUGCCUCCCGACCAGGACCCAUGUGGAGAGCACAUCAAGAGCAUGCCCUACCUCAAGGCCUGCCUCAAGGAGUCUAUGAGGUUAUCGCCAUCAGUCCCAUUCACCAGCAGAACCCUGGACAAAGACACUGUGUUGGGAGAUUAUGCUAUUCCCAAAGGAACAGUUUUGAUGAUAAACAGCCACGCCCUGGGCUCCAAUGAGGAGUACUUCGACAACGGGAAGCAGUUCAAACCUGAGCGCUGGCUGCGGGAGCAUGGCACCAUCAACCCAUUUGCCCACGUUCCCUUCGGCAUCGGAAAGAGGAUGUGCAUCGGCCGCCGGCUGGCAGAGCUGCAGCUGCAGCUGGCCAUGUGCUGGUUGGUCAGAGACUAUGAGAUUGUAGCAACAGAUAAUGAGCCACUCGACGUCAUCCAUUCAGGACUUUUGGUUCCCAACAGAGAACUGCCUGUUGCCUUCAUUAAGAGAUGAGGUUUCAUAUUGUCUUCUGGAUGUUGUGACAGAAAGAUGUUACCUCUGUUACCAUAGCCCUGAUGGUCCAGUGACUCCCUGUAUUGCUGCUCUGUAAAUAGAAAGAAAAAGUCACAAAAAAUAUUAUACGUGUAAUCAUGCCAAAGUACCUCAAACUUAUUUAAAACUAUUACUUAUGACUGACCAAAAUACUAGUUAUGUACAAAUUGAAUGUUGUACCAAGGCAGCUGUCCUCAAUUGUUAAUGUAGUGUUCUCACCUCAGACAUGUGUAUGUAAAUGUCAAACUAUUACUUUGUUUUUCCUUCUUUGAUAACUUAUUGUCCUGAUUUCAAACUAAUAUAUAUAUAAUGCUUAUAUAUGUUUACAUAUGUUUAUUUUUCUUAGUGUAUAUAAAGCGCAAUUAUAAUAUUGUAAUAUUUUACAUUGUUUUAUGUAGAGGCAUAUUUUAUUCACUGAAAUUAAAUACAUUAAUAAAUGUAUUGAAGCCG